AUGGUUCCAGACGAUUCGGGAGACGACAAGACUUCUGUCGUUGUUGUCUCCGACUCUGCUCCUCGACCUGAACCUGCUUCUCUCACAAGAGAGGCUUCUCCCAAGCCUCAAGUCACAAUCACACAAUCCACCUCUUCAGACUCGAAUCCCACUGUCGCCGCCCCUGCGCCGCCUCCGCAGGUGCCCACGGAAGAGCAGCAAUCGCAGCAGCUCAAGGACGAGCAGCAGCAGGAGGAACAGCAGAAGCCACCGCAGGAAGAGGAGCAACAUCACGAGCCGCAAUCUGAACCUCAACCGCAAUCGCAACCAGAGUCGCAGCCGCAGCCGCCCCCUCAGCAGCAAAACGGCGACAGUCGGGCGUCCGAGACCAAUACCACAACCCCCGUGUCCGAGGCCGACAUGGCGAGCCACCGAGCGGCCCUCCACGGCAUGCACGCAGGCUAUCCCACAAGCUCCUCGUCGCCCAUCUAUCCCCAGACCAGCCUCCCGACCACUCAGUACGCCUCAUAUUCCACAGUCACAGCUGCAGCUCAGCAGGGCGAUGCAUACCGCGUCAGUCCCGUGGGCACUCCGCAAAUGUCACUGCCCAGCAUGCGCACCAUCGACGCCAUGUCACAGCAAUCUGUCCCUCCAAUGCCGCACCAUUCCAUGUCCAUGGGCAUGAACAUGCCCCUUACUGCCGUCUCGACCCCUCCUUACUUCACAAGCCAUUCAGCGCCUCUCCCUUCCAACUACGGCUUCCCCCAGGACGCCUUGGCUCGGUAUCCUCUCCCGCACGAUCCUCGGCUCAUCAACCACCGAGGCCCCAAGAAGGUAUCGACGAACCAAGACGGGCUGCUUAACGUGCCGCAAACGACGAAUCAAGGUGCGCAUAUGGACAUCCAAUUACCCUUUCAAGAAGCUCUUCACCACUACAAUUGCUUGCCCAUUCUACCUAUUUUUAUUCCUCCUCCAAAUAAUGCCUUCAUUUUUAUUCUAUUCCCCUUUUCCUCGCCUCUACUUUUCUCAAUGGCUGAAGCCAGUAAUCUUGCCAUUGACAUCCAUCUGUCCUUGCAGUGCGACGAGACGCAUCCCACCUGCAACAACUGCAGGAAAUCGAAGCGCGAGUGCCUGGGCUACGAUCCCAUCUUCCGACAGCAGCCCGGAACCCCCACCAGCAGCAGCGUCCAGCCCGUGUCCAACAGCCUCUCACAGCCCGAGCCGUCGGGCAUUGCUUCUGUCCAGUCCGGGUCGGCGGUUGGUCCUCCUACACCGCGUCUGGUCAACUCGUACGGCAGCCAAUCGCCGAUGCUGCCGAGCGGCUAUGCGACAAGCUCGAACCCCGGCACCCCGUCGAUCCCACCAAGCACCUACAAUCCUUCUCUCUCUGUCUCUGUGAAGCCUGAACUUGGCUACGGCUACUCUGCUUCAGGCAUCGAUCCCGCCGUACGCACCAUGUCUGCCAUGCCUGCCAACCAAAUGUCGCUAUCGGGCCCCGAUAACAGCUAUUUACGAGCCAAGAAGAUGAAAAUCGACGAGAUUAUCGAUCUGCUUGGCCCCCCCGCACCGGUUCAGCAGAUUAGUCACACGGAAGAAACUUUUAAUGAAAUCACAAAGGUCUACCAUGAAAUGUAUGCCAGCGGGCUCAGUGCCUUCUUCGAGACGAGCUGGUACUACUUUACCGACAACGGCAAAAUGACAUUUCCCAAAGAUGCCAACCUCAUCGAGCACAUGGCAACUUUUCUCAAAAUCCUCGAGGCCGUCAAAGCCAAUGAUCACACCCAGAUGGCUUAUUCAGGGGUUCUAGAAACCAGAAUUGUGUGGGAGUUGGCUUGUACGGCAUACCAAAUCCCCGACAGGGCGAACAAUUCCAUGCGCCUUAGCCUGCCGCCAGACAACGACCCCAUUGAAGCUAAAAAUCGCCUCCUGGUAGUUGAGGCUUUGCUCUGUGGUGAUGAGUUGCAAAGCAACCCUCUCGCGCCUCCAGUGGCAGACCCAGACCACCACCGUGUGCGCCAGUUCGACUUUUGGUAUAGCCUGGCCGAAUUCGUUCGCAGGAGGGACAAUCCCAACUCGCCUUCGACUGUCAAGAUUAGGGAGGACGUUCUGAGCCGCAUGCGCCACCUUCUUGACGGACGAGAGAAUCGCGAUGUCCUCUACUCCAUAGCUGUUGUCCGCGAACUGGCGCCAAACUUUGACUCCGGAUAUGCAGCCACGAUUCCGCAGCAUUUGGACGAAUCAGACCCAAAGAACAGACUGGCCGUUGCGUCCAAAUUCAUUCUGGAUGAAUCCCAAGUCACCGGUGGAACAACAAACGUGGUGCGUCGGUUCAGCGACAUUGCGUCUCGAGCCUUUGUCAACCCUGGAGUAAAUAUUGCUCGAAGAGUAUAA